AUGGCUACGGCGGCGUGGUGUGGCGGGCGGCGGGGCGGGCGGGGAGGCAGCCGCCGGCGAGGGUACGAGGAGAAGGAAGAGGGCAGAGCGGGGUCGAGAAACAGUAGUACUACCACGGGUAGCAACGGAAGUACGGAUCCAACAAGUCUCACGAUCCAAAAAAUACGAGAAAUCACAGAUGAUUUCUCUGAGGAACGAGCACUUGGUCAGGGCGCAUACGGAAAGGUUUACAAGGGGGUUCAUGACAAUGGAGAAGAGAUUGCAGUGAAGUUGCUCCAUAAUAACAUGCCAGCGAUUAACGAUGAGCAAUUCCAACAUGAGUUUGAUAACCUUAUGAUGCUCCAGCAUCCGAACAUCGUUCAAUUAGUUGGCUACUGCUACGAAACACACCGUCAACAUGUAGAUUUCCAAGGAAGAAUAGUUUUUGGUGAAACAACAUACAGAGCGCUCUGCUAUAUGCACAUGGGGAGCCUUCAAAGACAUAUUUCAGACGAACUUCAUGGACUUGACUGGAAGACACGUUACAAAAUUAUCAAGGGGGCAUGUGAGGGCCUAAAAUACCUUCAUGAAGGAUGCAAAGAAACAAUUUAUCAUUUGGAUCUAAAACCCGACAACAUACUGCUAGAUGAGAAUAUGAUACCAAAACUUGCCGAUUUUGGUUUGUCCAAGCUCUUUGGUGAAGAACAAACUAGGGUUACAUAUAAUCCUGUAGGAACAUUUGGAUACAUGCCGCCGGAAUACUUGUUUGGACAAGUCGUCUCGAAGAAGUUAGACGUAUUUAGCUUGGGUGUUGUAAUUACAAAGAUAAUUGCAGGACCCCAAGGCCACACUAGAAGUGCCGAAAUGCCUUACCAAGAGUUUAUUGAUCAAGUACAGAAAAACUGGAGGGAUAGGUUGGAAGCCACUUGUACUUCUUCGAGAAUACUAGAAGCAUACUGUGAGCAAGUGAGCAUAUGCACUGAUAUAGGAUUGACCUCCAUCGAGACUCAUAGGCACAAAAGGCCCAGUCUUGACGGAAUCAUUCAAAUGCCACAAGGAGGUGUCCAUUUGCUCAAGCCGUAA